UUACGUGUAGUUGCUUAAAUACUCCUUGCAUUUUUUCCCCUUUAGAUUUUCGCCCCUUGAAAUACAAGGAUUUUUCCGAAUUCGCCGCAACGUCAGCCGUUUUCGGAAUGCUCCAGCCCCGUCCUGUUUUCGGAUUGGUCCUGUUCGUGGCUGGCAGGACUCGGUUCACAUCGGAUCGGUUACUUGCAGCGAGGAGGAAACAACAAUACGGAAAAGCUCCGGCCUCGGAUGCCGCAGUAUCAAAUGUAUUUCAAGUCGCGGCGCACGUGUUUUGUCCUUUGACGCGGAUGUGACUUCGACUCCUUAUCGCAGCCUGUGGACUUGGCCGCGAAAGGAUAUCUCGCAGUUGCUGCAUUUGAUUGCGGUGUCGCGGUUUCCCAACUUGCCCAAGUGCCGCAUGUUUUUUCCACUUGUGCGCGACGGCACUAAGGUCGAUCGACUUCGAUUUCGCUCAGUGUAUAAGGCUGUUGAAGCUAAAGUGAAGUUUCGAAUUUUAGGCCGCUUUAAGCGGCCAGUGAAAGAUAUUGUCCCCUUGUAUCAACAACCAACCAAAUACUAACAUUGGAUGCUUCAAUACUUCAGUUUAUGGAGAUAUUCGUCGUGCUGCUAACAUCAAAAAAUGCACUUCAAAAGCGAUUGGGGUAUCAAACCAUUAGCCGUAAUGUAAACCAAAAUACCUAAAGUUGUGGGGCUAAAUUACACUCAUCUAACCGCCUUUGAGGUGUAAAUAAAUAUAAAUAAGUAAGAUCCGGCUCGCAGGACCAUGGCAAUGGAGGGCAAAUGCUUCGGUUGCAUCGCAACGCCAAUCCUCGUGAUAAUGAUAAGCAUUUCGAGAGCCUGGACAUUGCAGCAACAACCAUUGAGUCCUGCCAUCCAACAGCAUCCUGCAGUCAAGUCGUUAUCUCAUAUCGUGGAUGGCAAUAACGACCUGUUGCCCAUGGUUUCUGCGCCAUCGAGCAUUGAUAACGAUUACGUUUACAUUGCCUCGGUGAAUAGGAAAUUUCCACAGUUCGGAAAUGCCAUAGAUGAUGACCGCGAGGCCGAGGAGCAGCAGCCCGAGGAGACCACCUAUCCGCCACCCGUUUUCGACUUCGGAAUGCCCAGGAAUAUUACAACCCGGACGGGACACACGGCGGCCAUCAAUUGCCGCGUUGACAAUCUGGGCGAUAAAUCGGUAUCCUGGAUACGAAAACGCGAUUUGCACAUUCUGACUGCAGGCAUUUUGACCUACACAUCUGAUGAGCGUUUCAAGGUGGUGCGGACCGCCGACUCCAAGGAUUGGACAUUGCAUGUGAAAUAUGCCCAGCCACGUGACAGCGGCAUCUACGAAUGCCAAGUGAAUACGGAGCCAAAGAUUUCGAUGGCAUUUCGCCUGAAUGUCAUAGUAACGCCGCCAGAUGCCAAGGCGAUUAUUGCCGGACCGACGGACCUCUAUGUCAAAGUGGGCAGCAGCGUAACGCUCACGUGCCACGUGAAGCAGCCGGCGACGUCGGCGCAGGAUAUUGGUCCAAUUUACUGGUACCGCGGCCCCUACAUCCUCACCCCCUUCGUGGCCCAUCCGAAUGACGCGGCCAUCGAUUUGCAGCGCAUCUCCAUGGAGUCCACGCUGGCCGAGAAGCUGCAGAGCAGAUUACGCAUUGCCAAUGCUCAGCUGCUGGACACCGGAAACUAUACGUGCAUGCCGACCACAGCGGAAGCGGCCAGCGUGGUGGUCAAUGUCAUCAAUGACGAAAGCCCCGCGGCGAUGCAAAAGAGCAGGGCGAUCCGGACGAGUGGCAGCAUACGGAGCAGUCGGAUGGUGCUCCUCCUGGCCAUGGUGACCAGUUCCGUUGUGCGAUGGCUUAUUGGUGGCCGGCACAUCGGGUGCAACAGCUGCCGCGAUUCCUGCUCGAAUUUAUCCACUCUGCAUAUCAAUUACUGCAACCUGCGUGCGAGAAUCACCAGCCACUUGGAGCAGCAUCGAUGUUUGGGCCCUGGAACGCUGGCGGAAUCAUGAUAAUUAAGUGAUGGCCACUUGAAAAAAUCCAAACAAAAUCAUCCUGUAUAUAAAACUGAAUUCAUAGUUAAGCAUAACUCAUUUGUGUAAAUCUGAAAAAAAGGGAGAUGGGAAAACCGCUGUACGAAAUAAUUAGUUUAUGUUACUGCUUCAUCAUCCUAAACUUUGAUUAUCGUUUAUUACAACGUUAAAAUGAUUGUGAAACUUUCCAACUGUCUGCAUUUAGUGGUUUCCCAUCUGGCAUACAGUAAACUAAACUAUAACUAUAACUAUAUUUAAUGCUAAUUUGUAUGCUAGCGUAAAUAUUUAUGUAACAAUAAAAAUAAAAAAGGGUGCCCAUGUAAUUAUCGAAUGAAAACGCGAUAACAGACACAAAGCUGCAUCGCAUUGUUAGUUUUAGAAUGCAAAUAUUAUUAUUCGGGUUAUUUUCCGUUUAUGUUAUUGCAAUUAGCUAAUUAUAUUUGUCACUGUGAAAACACUUGAAAACCAAUUGAAUUCCAAUCUCAUUAAGGCGACCGGCGUUAGAAAAUAAAAACUGUUUCAAAUUGCAUUAUCAGCAUACGAGAGUAUACAUAAAAGGGCCGCAAUUAAUUUAACUUCGAUUUAGUUAUAGACUAUCGCAUAUGCAGUGUGCAGGACGAACGAUUUGUAACCGUAUAUAUAUCGAAUUUCUCAAUGAGAAACACUGAAAUGUAUUUUGUUGAAAUAAAAACUUGAU